AUGAAAGGGAAAACUCGAUAUAUUUUUCUGCUACUUAUUGCCGUCGUUAUCAGCUUUCUACUAAUUUAUCGAUUCUUGCCGAACACGCAAAAUUAUAAUGGAGAAACGGAUUUGCCGGAGAAUUUCGUUGAUUCAAUCAACUACGAUGAUUUGAACAAAUUGAAAAAUUAUCGACGCUUUAUUCCUUCGAAGCAAAACGCUUGCACUUUCGCGAAAUGUUUCAACUUCGAUCGUUGUCAACAAAAUCAUAAGGUUUAUGUCUAUCCGACUGAUCCAGAGCUGCGGACGUCGAUCGUUUACUCGAAUAUUUUAAAGGCGAUUCGCGAAAGUCCGUACUAUACAAGCAAACCGGAAGAAGCUUGCCUGUUCGUUCUUUCAUUUGACACAAUCGACCGCGAUCGGACCAGUCGGAAUUUUUUCCCAAAUCUCCAAACUUAUCUCGACAAUUUGCCGAAAGAUCUUUGGAAUAACGGCGAGAAUCAUAUCAUUUACAAUCUCUAUCAUGGUACAUGGCCGAAUUACUCGGAAACGGAUAUUGGGUUCAAUCCGGGCAAAGCGAUCAUGGCACGGGCAUCGGCGAGUGAACAGAAUUUUCGUCACGGUUUUGAUCUCUCCUUUCCACUUUUUCACCCGGAACAUCCCUUCAAAACGCCAAUUGAGAAUCAAAAGUACUCAGUCAAUGCACCCAAAGAGUUCUUGGUCUCAUUCAAAGGGAAACGCUACGUUUAUGGAAUUGGAUCGGAUACAAGAGACUCUUUGUAUCAUUUACACGAUGGAAAGAGGAUUGCAAUGGUUACAACUUGUAAGCACAAUACCGAUUGGCAGAACUACAAGGAUGAGCGCUGUGAAGAGGAUAAUAAAAGAUAUGAUGGUUGGGACUAUCAAUACCUCCUUGCGAAUUCCACGUUUUGCUUAACGCCUAGAGGGCGGAGACUAGGCUCGUUCAGAUUCCUUGAAUCUCUGGGAGUUGGAUGUAUCCCGGUGAUUCUCUCGGAUAACUGGGUGCUCCCAUUCACUGAGAUUAUUGAUUGGAACUCGGCCGCGAUUCGGAUUGCUGAAGAGAAUGUGCUAUUGACCACUGAUGCCAUUUUCUCUCUCCCAAAACGAAAAAUCGAUCGUAUGCGGGAGAUUUCGAAAAAGCUCUACGAUCGCUACUUUUCGAGUGUCGAGAAGAUCACUCUAGCAUCACUAGAAAUCGUUUUCUCGCGAGUGAAAAAGAUGCAAAGAUCGCUAGCUAAAGCCACUCCUCAAGUUGAAUUCAAGUUUGAAGGCUCAUUUACCGCAAUCAUCUUCACUGCUCCAAAAGUCUCAUCAAAAUUGCAAAAGAUUAUCACUGAAAUGAUGAGGAUAAAAGGGAUGCGAAAGAUUUUUAUUUUAUGGCACAAGGAAAGGGGCACGGCGCCAAUUGGAGCCGAUUUUGGGACAAAUGUCGACAAGGAGUUUAUUGUAUACAACACGACUAAUUGGUGUCUCUCAUGCAUUCCCAUGCAAAAACUCGCCAACAUCCCAUCAUCGGUGCUCUUUUUCGAUGAACGUUUGGGCGAAAUGUUGAUCAAUGAAACGCAAGCAAUGCUCGGUCAACACAAAAAGUUUCCGGAAAAACUUUUUACCUUGCAUACAUUUGAAUAUAUCCAAAAGCCAUCUUUCACAACCGGUAUUCCACGGGUUUUUAAAAUAGCAUUCCCUUCAAUGGCAAUUGCACACAGCUCUUACUUGACAACAUUCCCCCUUCGUGGCUCAAAUCCUGAAUGUGAUUGGGUGAGGCUUUCGGUUGCUGCCUCCUAUUUGAGCUACUCUCCACCGAUUCGAAUCGGCUCAACCACACUGCAGUCGUGGAUGAAGUUACAGUCUCUGAAUCGGUGUUCGCAACAACUUUCUCCCCAUUUCUCAACGGAUCUCCAAUUACCUCCAGCUGAUCAAAGCUAUAUUCUG